AUGGACGACGGUGCUGGUGGCCGCCGGCUGCACAUUCAUUACUUGGAACUAGAGCCUCGAGAAGGCCUCGAGCAUCCAUUCCAAGAGCGUAACGAGCCUCUUGAACCCUCAAAUGUCAUCGAGGCAGUGGUAUUAGCGGGGUCAGAAGGCUUCAAUAGUAUGCGCUACGCCUGGAAUACUCUCCAUCUUUUUAUUGUCGACGAAACGUUCUUCAUGACCCACUUGGAGUUCUCGCCACAGGAGAUUGCCCAAAAUAUCAUGCGCAAACGAGUCAACCUGUACCACGAUCUUCGCAAUAAGUUCGUCGACUGGCGCAGAACUCGUCGUCAGGGCCUGCUCACCACUCGAAUGGAGGCCAUGGACAAGAUCUGUUUCCAGCACAUACGCUCCGAGACGUUUAAGCCAGUCGGAAAACUCCUCAAGCCCACGCAAGAUGUCGUCUCGGGCCUACGAGCCCGCCGUUGGGCAGUGUGGCGCAAUGCAAUUUCGUUGUCAAUCUCCGCCCACCUCCACCUCGGAGAAAUCAUGGGUGUGAAGUGGUUUAUCUUAUGGUGGUUCUCCUCGCCAAACGAACCUAAGUCAGAUUCUCUAGUGGUCUGGGCGGUAGGGACGUCAGGGAUGAUUCUUUGGUGCUUCCUCCUGUUCUGGGUCGGAUAUGUGGAUCCAUUGGAAAAGGCGCUGGGCUUCGAGAAGUUCCUGUUCACCCUAAUGCGGUAG